AUGUCAGUUGCAAAUCGUUUGCGACGAUUGCGCAAGCAGCCACCAGAAGGCUGGGAUUUGAUUGAGCCAACGCUGGACGAAUUCGAAGCGAAGAUGCGUGAGGUGGAAACGGAUCCGCAUGAGGGAAAACGCAGAACCGAAACGCUUUGGCCAAUUUUUAGGAUUCACCAUCAGCGAUCGCGUUACAUCUAUGAUUUGUACUACAAAAGACAGGUGAUCAACAAGGAGCUGUAUCAGUUUUGCCUGGAUACGAAGCUUGCCGAUGAAAAACUGAUAGCGAAAUGGAAGAAACAGGGCUACGAGAAUUUAUGUUGUUUGCGAUGUAUUCAGACACGUGACACAAAUUUCGGCACAAACUGCAUCUGCAGAGUCCCGAAAAGUAAACUGGAUGUGGUAUGUCGUUUGUUUUUACAUAUUUAUCAUUGA